UUGUUUGUGCACAUGUAGCUUUUUUAGUUGCUUAACUUAAAUUGCAUUAUAUAUGGGAAAUGUGCUUUACUUAGAUUUAAAAAAGCAUCUCUAAAACAAAAACAAGAAAAAAAUGUCUCUGUAGAUCAGUAGUACUCAGUGUAAUAUGAAAAGAUAUGUUCCCUCUCUGUCCUAUAUUACACAAGCCCCGGGCUCACAGCGCACAGCGGCAGACAGAGAUGCCUGCACUCCAUAAUUAUUGACAGGUUUGAUGUACUCAGCGAGUGGAAAGUAUGGGGAAAUUGGAGUUUCAGUUGUCUACCCCCAGGCCCGUGACUGUAAUGGAAAGAUUAAAAGCAGUGGUCACAUCACACACCCAGUGCCAAAAUACUAGCCAUUCCUCCCUUCCUGUUUAUCCCCAUCACCUCCAUUUUUACUUUCUUCUUUCAGCGACGUUAAAUAGAUUAGAGGGGAUUCACUUAUUUAAAGACUUGAGGAAAAGCUCUGCAGUUUAUUUUUGGAUCAAUCCAAAAAUAACACAACUACGGCCACAGUGCUUGAGGCACCAGCGGGAUCUAAUUGAAGUAAGUUACCUUUGCCUUGUGGGACAGUGUUGAGUAGUAGAGCAGCCAGUCAGUUAGAGGAUUAGUAGGUCAGCUCAGCGUUGUCUUUACUCUCUACACCACUCAGCUGGAAUCAUACUUUCAUCUGUUGCACCAAGAGGCUCUCCGUCCAACUCCAUCAUGUCUCUCAGGCUGCUGCCUGCCAUUAUUAUGGACAAUGAUGAAGAUGAUGAUGGUAACUUCACAAAAUGGAUGAGCAGUUACUGGGGUCAUGGAGCAGAAGGUGGACACUCCAGAGACAGAAAACGCAGUUUCAGAAGACCUGGAAAAACACAAGCUGAUCGAAGAGCAUCACUCCCAACUGUGUCACAAUUAGAUGCCAUGAAGUUGAACAAGCUCCAUGCAGCGACAAUGGCUCCCUCUCCCAGCCACAUCAAGACAAGAGAGGAGAAGGGGGAGGUCAGGCCCCACCAGAGAGCCCGUCGCGCCUCCUCAGAUGACAACAGCCGCCCAAAGUCAGCCAUCCCAGAGAACCGCAUCACCACCAUCCCGGAGCUCACAGAGUCCUUCGAGAAGAGACUUCGUGUCCGUGAUAAGAGGACCAUGUCUCUGAAUGAGGAUAACAAGUUGUGCCUGAUCUGCUAUGAGGACAUGCGUAAGAGUGGAGGAGUUCAAGAGCUGCACUGUACGCACCGCUUCCACAAAGAGGCGGCUCGGAAGUCAGAGCAGUGCCGGCCCCGCAGUGGGAGCGAAGCAGCAGCUUGUCAGGUGAGGAGACUCUCGGAUGAGAGGAGGAAGUCAGCAGACGAGCCACUCUGCACACAGAAGGAGCAGCACACGCCCCGCCGUCAACUUUCCCUGCGGAGACAUCGCUGAUAUCAUUCUGUGUGAAGGAGGAGAAGAAGAAGAGAAAAUAAAGGAGAUGAAAAUUAUGUGACAUUCAAGUGAUUCAAGUGUUCAAAUCUCAGGGCCUUGACUGUGCCUGACCAGAUCCUGUGAAAAUGCCCUGUGGAGUCAUUAUGACUCUUAGUCCUCAGUGUCAAAACCCAAACCUAGGAGGAUUCUGUGUGGAGCAGUGGCUGUGGAAGAAACAGACGUGUCCCACAUGUCGUGUCCAUGUGUCCAUGCCAAAGCCCCUCUACUGGUCAUCGUCCCGCACCUUGGUCCCAUAACGAUCCUGCACUUGCAUUUGCCAUGCCUGCAUGCCCACGUGACCCCCUGACCCCAAGACCUCCACUACACCUCAGUCCUCCUGUUUGAACUCCUGGAACAACCCUGUGCUUGAGCAUCAAAAUAGUACUAAAGAAGGAGACUUUUAUUUUGUUCAUCUCCUGUUAAGGGAGGGUGCUGGUCUCGUAUUGUUUAUUAAUAUAUGAUAGAAAUGUAAGAGGUUUUGUCUUUUUGUCCAGAUUUCAUCAGAGACAAUCUGAACACUGCACUGAGCCUGCAAUUAUAUGAAAUAAGUUUUAUCUACAAUUAUUUUUUCUUUUUAACAGUUUUUUUUACUGCAUUUUUGCAUGUCUCAUUUACCUUAAAGGAGUAGUUUGAUAUUUUGGGAAAUACUUAUACUCACUUUAUUUUAAAGACAGAUCUUUCUCAGAUCUGUCUUUAAAAUACAGCCAACAGCCAUUAGCUUAGCUUAACUUUAAGACUGAGGUAACAAAAUCUACCAAUAACUUCCUAGAGUCUCUGCUGGUUGCCUGGCAACUAGUCACAGCAGAGAAAUAGUCCAGCACCUAAUGCCCAUAAAACAGCAAAUUGUCAUUUUCACACUUUAUAUUUUGUACAGAUUAAACAAAUGACAUGUAAAGUGUUAAUUAGUGAUCUUUAGAGGAGAAGAUAAACCCCUGCGGCGUCCAGCUACAUAUUUAGUGUACAGACAUGAGAGUACUAUCAAUCUUCUCUUCUAACACUCAGGAAGCGAGUAAAAAGUACAUUUCCUAAAAUGUCAUAUUAUUCCUUAAAAAUGAUCUUGAGCAUGACUUACACAUUUAUUUGACAGCUCAUGGUUACUGAAAACAUUUACACCUUGUUAAUGUUACACACUAACUUCAGCUUGUAUGUCAAUAGUACGUGAGUAUUUGCAUAUUCAAACUAAUUGUGGUAAAUAUUUUUUAUGUAUUAUAGUCUUGCUCACUGUUCAUGAAAAACUCUAAUGUUGUGGGAGGAUAUGUUAAUGGAAUGGAUGGAAAUGAUAACACUCACUGCUUCAUGAGGACUAUCUUUGCAACUCUAGAAGUGAGUGAGUGCACCUUCUCUUAUUAGACAUAAAAGUGAACUCCUACUGCUGAAACUGUGAGCUUUCCCGUCUGCUCCAUCUUCCUGCCUUAUCUAUGCUAUUGUUUUGCAUGUGAAAUAUUUUGCAUGUGAGGUCUAGACGCCUGUCAUCUUCAUACAGUUGAGCUUUCAAGCAUCUCCAUUGUGUUGCAUGUCAUGCACAGCCAAAUGAGAGUUUACAGCCUGUGCUACAUGUCCAACAAAAUCAGACUACAUGUACAUAACUUUAUCUUUUAAAAAUAGAAAUAGCUGUCUUUCAGUAUAUAAUGUAUUGAAUACUACAUAACUAACUAGUGAAUCCUGUUAUUUUGCUGUGAUCUGGCAUGUAUAUAUGUCCAACCAAAAUGAGUCUGUUUGCACUCUACAGAUAAAGCCUAAUAGGAUUAACUUAAAUGUAAUGUAAUGUCAUCUUUCUCUCAUUUUUUCCACUUUUAUUAAAGGUUAAAAGUCUAUCUAA